AUGCCUGGUCACGGAUUGCAAAGCUGCCACAAUGAUCCUUUGCCACAGCUUGAUGUGACGGAAGACUGCCCUCAGAUCCUCCAAAGAGUCAAGAUGGUCGCAGGAAGGGAAGCGACCUCUACUCAGGCGCAAAUCGACACGGCAACCUCCGACUCAAUCACCCUCAACCUAAACUCCAACAUCAUCGAUGAGUUACAAUCCUCGGCCCAGUUGCAGCAGGAGGAGAGGAACUCAACAACGAGUGGGAAAUCCGCAGCUUCCAUCCGCGGCCUUUCGCGCGGUUCUCGGGCUUCAGAUGACUUCUUUUCUCCAAAGAACGCGGCUCGGCAGGAGGAUACUUGGGACAUGGCGGCAAAUCAAAUGCCUGGGCACUGUGAAGGUGAUCGUGUAACAUAUGUGCUACCUCCACAGCUGUUCAAGACGGGCAUGUAUCGAAACGAGGCGCACGAGAGUCCAAUUUCCGGAGGCCUGGGCAACUCUUUCUCCGCCAAUUCACAGUCGAAGCUAGAGAUACGUUAUCCUCUGAAAGGGUCAUCAUCAACGAACGAAUCAGAUGGCCUAAGCAUAGACUCAGCAUCCGGGCCAAACAUGUCGAAUCAGAACUAUACGUCACAGCCACCGAGAGACGAGCCAUCCGAUACUGAGUGCUUUUGGGUGUCGGACUGCUCAGAAACCGUUCCCAUUCUAGAAGAUAGACACCCCUUUCUGAACGUUCAAUCGGGCAGAGUAAGAGAUGCCCUGUUACGAUUGGAUCGUUGGCGGUUACGCUGGGCCAAUAGGCAUUUGCGGCACGUUCCUGUCCAGAAGAAUAAUAGAGCGACGCGCCCCCACGGCGACUCCUCGUCCUGUGAAAGAAAGAAUGGCACCAAGUCUGGGAAGAAACGUGCGACCCAUGGCUCAGAGAGGACUAUGACCAAGGGAGGAAAAGACAACCCAGGCCUUCGAAAGGACGCAUCUAGGUGGCCCAGCGGACAUGCAGGUCAACGAGGGCUUAGCAGCCGCACUGUCCUCUCCCCGCGUUGGCCUGCCCAUAUGCCGAGAAAGAUGCGAUAA